CUAAUUCAAUCAUUGAGCAUAUUAAACUAAGCAUAAAUGGAGCAACUUCGGAAUUAUUUUUUGAUUUGUUCCAAAAAUGGCUUAGACUCAUGGGUUCUGAAGCAAAACCUUCACAAAUUGAAACUGCACUUGAAGCUCGUAUGGACAAUCUAGCGUUGUCAAAAUUUAGGCAAUUUAUGAGGACACCACCUUUGAAACCAGAGCGAACGGACUUGUCAGGAGCAGAUAAUUAUCUGAUGGCAAAUUUAAAACCACCUAUUUACAAUAUAGAUAUAGAUAGUUUUCCCAAUAAUGUUUCUUUUAAAAAUCCUCAUAUUCAAGUUAUGGCUUUACAUCAAGAAACACAGAAUUUAAGCAACGUUUAUGAAAAAAGCCCAUUUGUCCGAAGUACAAAUCAGGAAUUAAUUGUAAGAAAAUGCAGAAAUUUAAUUGUUUCUUUUACAACGGACAAUCUCGCACUCUCUGGAGAAAAAAAACUACACAUCUAUACACAUAAGCACAAAUGUUUUAAUGGUUCGUCUUCUUCUGAAGAUGAUGAAGAUGAAAAACCGAGAUGUAAAUACAGAAAACAGCAUACAAAUUCAGUGCAUACAUGUAAAGGAAAACGACGAAAUCCAAAUUCUGCAAACCAUUGCCGAGAGAAAGUUCAAUGGGAAAAAAUUGACAAUGAGUUCGUCGUAGAUAUCAUUAAAAGGGUUUUGUCAACAGGUGUUCAAGAAUUGAAAUUUGAGGAAUAUUAUCUUUUUCUUCACCAUACUGUUAGUGUUAUUAUGAAGAAAGCAGGUGUCCCAGAAAGGACUGUUCUAGCCAUAAUGUUGGACGACUUCAAUGACCGUUUUGAGCGAAAGACAAAGCGAGGUCAUGUAACGUGUACUAUUGAUACAAGUCAGGAGGAGGAAAUAAUGAUCGGCUUUGAAGAAGUUGAAUGUUUGCAGCUUUAUGUGGAUCAUGCUUCGCAAACGAGUGUAAGAAAACUUAAGAAAAGAACAGGGACUACGUUGAAUGCCGAAUACGUAUUUAUAGGCUAUAAUG